AUGGCACAAUGCGGCCAACCUGUUCUGAACCGAAGCGGAGAGCUCGUUGCCAUCUCACUCGGCAUGUACAUUGUCGCGGCAAUGUUUGUCAUGAUUAGGCUAGGGUACAAAGUCUUCGUGAUCCGGAUUCACUUCAACAUGGAUGAUUGGUUUGUCCUUGCGUCGGCCGUAGCAACUGCGCCAGCCAUUUUCGUCAACGUAUUCGGAACGACAGUUAACGGCCUUGGUCAGGACAUCUGGAAUUUACCACCACACAAAAUUUCCGCUUCUAUAAAAUACUUCUGGAUCGAUAUCUGCUUGUACUUCCUGGAUACUACACUAACAAAGCUAUCCAUCAUCUCCUUCUACAUACGGACAUUUCCUUCGAGCAACGUGCAGCGCCUGCUCUGGGCAACAUUCACCAUCACUGGCGCUUGGGGUACAGCAUUCGUGCUUGUCGGCAUCUUUCAGUGCCAGCCGAUUUCUCAUUUCUGGACGCAAUGGGAUGGCCUGCAGACGGGACAGUGCGCCUCCCCUGACGGUAUUGGCUGGUCCAACGCAAUUUCGAAUAUUGUGCUUGACAUAUGGAUUCUGUCUAUUCCUCUCUCGCAGUUGCGGAGGCUGCAACUCAACGGGAAAAAGAAGAUUGGCGUUGCCAUUAUGUUCUGUCUAGGCACGUUGUGA